GGCAUUUAAAACACAUCAUGCCUACUGUCACUGUUGAUACUGAUAUUCUGUUUGAACAAGUCGGUCGUCGUUUUGAUGACAAAGAGUUUGAGGAAUUUUGCUUCGAGUUUGGCAUUGAGCUGGAAGAUGUGACCACCGAGCUGGAACUGGCAGUCAAGGAAGGAUCUUCAACAUUGGAUAAGAGUGCAUCGGAUCGCAAGUUGUAUCGAAUUGAUAUUCCUGCCAACAGAUACGAUAUGUUGUGUGUCGAAGGAAUUUCUCGUGCCAUCAAGACUUACUUGGAAUUGGGUUCUCCACCUACUUAUACGGUUGUUUCUCCUGCGGAUGGAUCCCCUAUUCAGCAGUUGAUUGUCAAACCCAACACUGCUCAAGUACGUCCAUACGUUGUUGCUGCAAUCUUGCGAAAUGUUACUCUUGAUCAGCAUUCCUAUAGUAGUUUUAUUGAGCUGCAGGAUAAGCUUCAUACCAACAUAUGCAGAAAGCGAACUUUAGUUGCUAUUGGCACUCACGAUCUAGAUACGAUCAGGGGGCCAUUUGUAUACGAUGCUCAACUACCAGAUGACAUUCAAUUUGUUCCUCUUAAUCAGACCAAAACCAUGACUGGAGCGCAAGUCAUGACUUUUUACGAAGAAGAUCGUAAACUCAGCAAGUUUCUUCAUAUUAUUCGUGAAAAGCCAUACUACCCAGUUGUCAUGGACGCAGAUAAUGUUGUUCUUUCACUUCCUCCAAUCAUCAACGGAGACCAUUCCAAAAUCAAACUGACCACCAAGAAUAUCUUUAUCGAAUGCACUGCUACAGAUUUGACCAAAGCCAAAACUGUCUUGAACACUAUUGUGACCAUGUUUUCUCAUUACUGCAAAAACCAGUUUACUGUUGAGCCAGUAGAAGUUGUUUAUCCUGAUGGUCGCAAGUGUGUUUAUCCAGAUUUAUCUCUUCGUCGUGUUGAAGUUGGUGUUGACUACAUCAACAAAUCUAUUGGUAUUGAUGUGACUCCUGAUGAGCUGGUGCGCCUGAUUACCAAGAUGUCGCUUUUUGCUUCAUUAUCGGAAAACAAGCAAGAUAUCCUUGUAGAUGUUCCGCCCACUCGAUCUGAUGUGCUUCAUGCUUGUGACGUUAUGGAAGAUGCAGCAGUUGCAUACAAUUUCAACAAGAUUAUCGAGACACAUCCGAAAUCCAACACCAUUUCAGUUGCACUGCCCAUCAACAAGCUGGCAGAGGGUAUUCGCAAAGAAAUUGCCUUUUCUGGAUUCACUGAGGUGCUGACUUUUACCCUGUGUUCACACAAUGAGAAUUUUGCAUAUUUGAACAAAAAAGACCAAAAAGAAGCAGUUAUUUUAUCCAAUCCCAAGACGAUUGAAUAUCAAGUGGUUCGUACCAGUCUCAUGCCAGGCAUUCUCAAGACCUUGGCAGCCAAUAAACAUAUGGCACUUCCCAUCAAAAUUUAUGAGAUUUCCGACAUUGUUCUGCGUGACGAGAGCCAAGAACGACGUGCUCGCAACCAGCGUAAUGUCUGUGCCUUGUACUCUAAUCGUACAUCUGGAUUAGAAAUUGUUCAUGGCUUACUUGAUCGCAUCAUGCAAAUUCUCGAUGUCAAGCGCGUAGAUGUUGGCCAAAAGAAUGGAUUUUACAUCAAGGAAUCAGACAAUGCUACAUUUUUCCCUGGUCGUUGUGCAGAUGUGUACUUUAAUGGAGAAGUGGUUGGUGUUUUUGGAAUUGUUCAUCCCAAAGUUCUUGGACAUUUUGGCAUUGCUUUCCCGUGCAGUGUGAUUGAGUUGAACAUUGAGCCAUUUUUAUAAACUCUUUGAGCGAACACGCUUGCAGUUCAAGACUGAUACGCUUAUAAGCCAAACUUUUCAGAUUAUCGACAAGACUAUCGACAAGAUUGCUUAAAAUCCACCGAUUUUGUUGAAAUGAAACCUGAAUUUUGCAAUUCU